UCUCGACAUCGCCGACUUGGCUGGCUUGACCAGCUCGGCAGUCAGGACCUGAAAGGCCACGACUUUGCCGGCCAUGAGCGGCCCGCUGUUUGCGUCAACACGGUCCCCGUUCAGGGUGAUCGACCCCGUCACCGAAGAGUACUACCGCGGCCCCGACCUGAGCAGCACCAGUGCCUCCAAGCGCAGCCAGGCCAAACGGCCCUCUAGCUUCUUCGCCAUCUCGUACGUCUGGAGCGAUUGGAAAGAGGACGUGAACGCGCCCCUCCCGAGUUGGGACUUGAUCCGCAACCGCCUUCUUUAUCUGUCAACAACAAACGUCUUCAGCGAUUCCGCAGCCGCCUCGAGCCAGCCCGACGCAUUCCGGUGCUGGAUCGACUGCAAAUGCAUCGACCAGGCCUCGGCCACUGACAAGGCAUACUGGGUUCCCCGUAUGAACCAAGUCUUCUUUAAUUCCCGGUGUACCAUCCUCCUCCUCCGACACUUUGACCUCACGGGCAUCUUCGAACUGCACCGAAUCACAAAAUGCCGCUUCUCCGAGAGCGGCGGGGCCAACGGGACGAGCGGGGGAGAUGGCAACCCCCAGCAUCGAUGUCUCUUCGAUCCGAGCUGCAUAUCCCUCGUUGCCCCCAUUCCCGAGAUACUCGAGGCCCUCUGCCUGGAAACACUGGCGGCGCUUUGGAAUGGGGCGUGGAGGAAGCGGGCUUGGAUUUUCCAGGAAAUACUUUUGUCGGAGCGAUACAUACUGUCGUGGGGAGACGCGGCCAUGAUCGCCUACAUCGACCUCGAGACCAUUGGGUACAUUGCCGCGUUCCUCCAGUCCCGCCACCCCGAGGCCCGGUGGCUCCACGAGUUCUGGACGUGGUGCAAGCAGUGCGCCUACAUCCGCCAGUUCUACGCUGAGAACUGCGACAUGGAGGCCACCAUUUUUCAACUGGCCGAGAACCUGGAGGCCACGCUGCCCUGCGACAAGUACUACGCCCUGUGCGGCGUGCUGGGGCUCGAUGGAAUUUCGUACGACCCGAUGCACACCGAGAGCCAGGCGCUGGACAACAUCGUGUCUGCGCUGACGAGGCAGGGCCGCAUGGGCUGGAUGUACGCCAUCCCUCCGAGCAUCAACGAGGGCGUCCUGUUUUCUCCGCAGAGCAUGGCCCCUUUCGUCUUGACGAGGAAGAAGCGGCAAAAGUCGGCCGAUGUCCGCGAACCUUUCUUCUCCAACCAGCUGCUGGGAGUGCUCGCCGUGGAGCUCGGCUCGGUCAACGGCGAAACCAAUUUCGACCAGCUCCUGCGGCAGAUUCACAGCCUGGAAGAUUCCAUAUCGCAAUUCGCGCGGGGUCCUAACCGGCGACAGAACUUUCUGAAAGAGUGCUACACCACGGCAAGCUCAAUCCAACGUCAAUUCCCGAGCAUACUGUUCAGGCUCGGCUACGACAUCGUCGGCCCGCUCUGCGAGGCCAACCUGCUUCGAGUGCUCUUCCGCACGCUCGACAGGUCGGGAUUGAAUGCUAGCCUCUUUGAAAAAAAUCUCGACUGCUGCCUGUGGUUCGUCGUCAUCCGGCUAUGCUUCAUCUCGUCGGCCGAGAUGGAGCACAUUGGCGAUCCAGAGGCUCGCCAAGUCGUUUGGAUUUCUGCGCAGCACCUGCAGGCCCUCUGCCACAAGCUCUGCUCCCAGACCUGGAAGAUACUGCAGUGGCAAAGGGCGCACGAUCCCACAAAGCCAAUCCCUGUCAACUCGGAGCCGCGGCUCGCAGCCUUUAACGGAACCCUCCCCACCUUUGGCAAGUCCGUUUGGUCGGUACAGACGAAGCAGUCGACCGCUUCGUUGACGUUCAUUGCUGGGGAGCUUCAGCCACUAGUCCCGGACAACUUCAACAACCCCAACAGCCCAAUAAGUCCCAUGGCUUCCAUGAUGUCAAUCGACUCCAAAACAGAAUUCAAGCCUACAGGGAUAGCCAGCUUGAGCCCGAAUGCGUCGCUCCUGAGAUCGGAGUUCUCGGACACGUCGCUGUGCUUUUAUGGGCUCACGUAUCAAAUCGGGAGAGCCCCCUACUCGCUAGAGACUUACAAGUCCGCCUUCCACGACAGCGUUGACGAACGCGACGCUUCGGAUGAUUUUUACGACAGGCUUAAGCUCGGGAUGAAAUCCAUGUCGCGACUCAAGGGCUCAUCGAGCGGCAACCGGCUGUCUUUGAGCCAGACCAAGAGGUCGAGGUUUCUAACCUUUCAGCGGAGAGACAGAAUGGGGCCGCCGCGGGCUCUGUCGCCUUUUCCUGGCGACCCCUACGGCCUCGGGCUCCCUGCGCUGCGGACCACGAGCCCGCCCCUGCUCUACCCCCAAUACGGGCCCGGGACGCCUCAGUCGUUUACUUACCCAAACGCACCCACUUAUCCCACCACUUACCCCAACGCGCCCAAUUACCUCCCGGCCCCCUAUAACAUGUCCGGGGCCAACUACCGGCCGCCGGAGGAACUGCGGCCCCAAGCGCCCCCUUUUCCCUAUGGCGACGCACCGCAGUACGAGAGAUAUCCCACACCGUUUUCUUACCAGGCGAUAACUCCUUCACCACCACCUCCGACAGUCGCGGGUCCGUCAACCCAUCAUUUCAUUGCCGAGCUUGACGCCACAACCACGGGCCCCCCGCCCCCAAAGUCGCCGCCGUACACUCCGCCUCGCAAGGUUGAUUUCGUUCAAGACAUGCCCAAGAUGGCAGAGCUGCGAGAAAUGUUUCCCAGCCUGAGUCCGGGGAUUCUUCUGGGGAUUGUUGAGAAGCACGGGCCGAAGUAAGUGCCGUACUCAUGUAAACAAAAAGAUGGUUUCUGACGAGAAGGAACCAGCCUCGAAGCCGUCCUCGACGACUGCUUCAAAAAGGUGGCAGAGAGCCCCGGCCCGAGCGGCUCCCAGGCCCACGAUGCCCAGUCCGA